GAGAGAGAGCGCGCGCGUCGGGUCACGUGGGUGGGAGAGGAUCAUGGCCAGCGCUGGGAAACCCCGGGGCCGGUGUUAGGAGCCGCUCGCGAUGUUGAGGUGCCUCGCGCCCCGCCAGUUGCUGUCCACGCUCCCGCUACCGCUCGCGCCGCCCGGGAGCUGGCGGGUAACGGCCGCCGUUGUCACGCGGGAGAGGCAGCUCCGCGCGCUGCCCGCCGCCCAGCUCAGGCGGAGCGGUGGAGACAGCGGCCCAUCAGCGGCGGCGGCGGCGGCCACCCUGGUGGGGAUGGCGCCGCGGGCACUGCAGCCCUACCUGAGGCUGAUGAGGCUGGACAAACCCAUUGGAACCUGGUUGCUAUAUUUGCCAUGUACCUGGAGUAUUGGUUUAGCAGCAGAGCCAGGCUGCCUUCCAGAUAUGUCCAUGCUUACACUUUUUGGAACGGGGGCAAUAUUGAUGCGAGGAGCUGGGUGUACAAUCAAUGACAUGUGGGAUAAAGACAUCGAUAGAAAGGUUGCCAGAACUGAAAAUCGGCCCAUAGCUGCUGGAGAAAUCAGUCGUUCUCAGGCUUUCGUGUUUUUGGGUGGUCAACUAAGUCUAGCGCUUGCUGUUCUCUUGUGUUUAAAUUAUUAUAGCAUUUCACUUGGAGCUGCAUCGCUUGGUCUCGUAGUCAUCUACCCUCUGAUGAAGAGGCUAACUUAUUGGCCACAGUUAAUUCUGGGUCUUACAUUUAACUGGGGAGCACUUUUAGGUUGGUCUGCUGUGAAGGGUUUGUGUGAUUGGUCAAUCUGCCUUCCACUCUAUAUCUCUGGAGUCAUGUGGACAUUGAUAUAUGACACUAUUUAUGCACAUCAGGAUAAAGCAGAUGACAUUCUGGUGGGAGUAAAAUCAACUGCACUGAAGUUUCAAGAACAGACCAAACAAUGGUUAUUAGGAUUCAGCACAGUCAUGCUGACAGGAUUGACAGUGGUCGGACUAAACAGUGAACAGACGUUACCCUACUAUGUCGCUGUGGUAGCUGUUGGAGCACACCUGGCCCAUCAGAUAUCCUCACUGGACAUAAAUAAUCCUCAAGAUUGCUGGAAGAAAUUCUGUUUGAAUCGUAUAUUAGGACUAGUACUGUUUUCUGGAAUUGUGUUUGGAAAUCUAUGGAAAGGAAAGACGAAGACUAAUGAAGCAGAAAAGGUGCAGAGCUGAUAUGUGAUCAGAAUCCACGUGCCAGAUUUUAAAAUAUUACAGUAAAACAAAUAAACAAUUUCAAUAUCAUACCUUAUCACCACAUAAUUUACAUAUUUUAAAACUAGUCAAGGGGUGGCCAGUUCGGUGUUCCCGGUGGGCGGCGCGACUCACGUCGCAGCGACCUCUGCAAUCCGUUGGUCUUUCUGUUAUUUUUUGUCCUGUUUUAAUGUAGUUUUUAUUAUUUUUUUGAUGGGGUAUGUGUGUGUGUGGGGGGGGGGGGGGGGGGGGGGGGGGGGGGGGGGGGGGGGGGGGGGGGAACUUUUAAAAUCUUUCCCCUGCACGGAGAACCCGACCUUUUCCCUGUCGGGUCUCCGUUGUAGUUGGGGCUGCAACGUGGAGCGGCCUCCAGCAGGAACGCCCUGGGGCUCCAGUCACGGAGCUGCGGAGCUACUCACCAUCAUGGAGCUGGCUGAGUCCGGAGCGGGUGGAGCGCUGCUGUGACCCGACCCCCGGAGAUUCGGAGGCUUACCGCAGGUCUGGCAGACAGUAAUAUCGGGAGCCCGCGGGUCCCUGGUGGGAGACCGCUUUUCGGGGCUUCCGCAACGGCGACUUCUCCCGCCCGAGUCGCGGGGUCGAGGAUUGCCUGGAGCGGGGCCUUACAUCAUCGCCCAGCGCGGCUUCAACGGCUGCGGGACUUUGCUAGAGCCCGCCGGGGGCUCCAACAACAAGACCCGGAGCGUGGCCUUGCAUCGCCCGGCGUGGCUUUAAGACUGCAGAAACAACAUUUCAUUUGAGCCUCUAUGAGGUUCAAGUGACAAAUAAAUUGUAUUGUGUGUAUUGUGUUGUAUUGUGUGAAAGUAUAGGUUUAAAAAUAGUGUUGAAUUAUUGAUGUUUAUUAAAUAAGUAAAAAUAUACUUUAAAUUCUUAGGCUGCACUCAAAUAUUUCAAUCAUGAUGUACAUCGAAAGCUAUUGUAGUUCGUUGUCGUCUAACUUUCUAGUUGUCAAAAUAAAAUCUUUUUACAGUU